AUGGCCGAAUACACCACAACCCGCGAAGCCUUCCAGCGCGCCAUGGAGCGGAGCCUGACCGGCCGACCCGAGGACUCCAAGCUGUACACCGAGAGCACCGCGACGCCCGCCUUCUACCAGGUCAUGAAAAACGGCCGGCGCAUACCCUACGCCGACCACCAGUUCCUCCGCGACGGCGCCGAGACCGAGUUCGAGAGCUUCAUGUUUGCGAAAGUGGACAGGGAAACCGAGAAGAUGGAGUGGCUGGUCGAGCGAGCUCAACGGAUUCAACAAAAUCUUUUUCGUAAAAGGUGA